UCGAUGAUCAUUCCUUCCUCAGCCUUUUUGCGCAUUGUAUUCUUGAGCAUCUUGUAUUUCUUUCUGUAUUUUUCUUAAACUUCUCCGUAGUUCAACAUGCUUGGUGUUGGCAGUCAUAUCGUUAGAAGCGACAUCACUAACAAGCUCGCUAAAUCUAUUGAAGACGUAGAUUUAAACGAGAAAGAGGACAAAAGCAAUGAAAAGAACGAGAAUCAUGGACCGGUGAAGCCAGUUUACAAAUCUCCUUCAAAAUUUGACACUGAAGAUGAGCCGCUCCUACGUGAAAAUCCACGUAGAUUUGUCCUCCUUCCUAUCCAGUAUAAAGAUAUUUGGGAUAUGUACAAAAAGGCUGAAGCAUCCAUCUGGGUAGCAGAAGAAGUUGACCUCUCAAAAGAUAAAGAUGACUGGGUCAAACUCUCAGAUGAUGAAAGAUACUUCAUUUCCCAUGUUCUUGCAUUCUUUGCUGCCAGCGAUGGCAUUGUAAAUGAAAACCUGGUUGAGUGUUUUAGCCAGGAGGUGCAAGUUCCUGAAGCAAGAUGUUUCUAUGGUUUCCAAAUUGCAAUUGAGAAUAUCCACUCUGAGAUGUACAGUCUGUUAAUUGACACUUACAUUGAGGACCCUGAUGAAAAGGACAAUCUUUUUAAUGCAAUUGAGACAAUGCCUUGUGUCAAAAGAAAGGCUCAGUGGGCAUUGAACUGGAUCAAUCCUGAGAGAGCUUCUUAUGGUGAGAGGGUAGUUGCCUUUGCUGCUGUGGAAGGAAUCUUCUUUUCUGGUUCAUUUGCUGCAAUUUUCUGGCUAAAAAAGAGGGGCAAGAUGCCAGGACUAACAUUCUCAAAUGAGCUUAUCAGCCGUGAUGAGGGUCUUCACUGUGAUUUUGCCUGUCUGAUGUUCUCAUACUUAAAGAACAAGCCUUCACAAGAAACAAUCAUUGGAAUUAUUAAGAAUGCUGUAGAAAUUGAACAAGAAUUUCUCACAGCAGCCCUUCCAGUGAGACUCAUUGGUAUGAACCAUGAUCUCAUGAAGCAGUACAUUGAAUUUGUUGCUGAUAGACUUUUGGUGGCUCUUAAAUGCCCUAAGGUUUUCAAUGUUAAAAAUCCAUUUGACUUCAUGGAAAACAUUUCUUUGGAAGGAAAGACCAACUUCUUUGAGAAAAGAGUUGCAGAGUAUCAACGUGCAGGAGUAAUGAAGAAAAAGUCAGAGGAUUCCCACAAAUUUACCAUUGAUGAGGAUUUUUAAACACAAUUUUUUAGAGUUAAUAGAAGGAAAUAUUUUUAGCAUUUACAACAUGAUUUAUUUUAAACUUACACCUGUACAUGCUUGCACGGAACUGUAAAUAUCACUUGGUUCUGAAAAGUUUGGACUUCUUUUUUUUUCUUUAAUAAGAUAUUUCUUAGUUAAUCCCAAACGAAUAUUUUAAUAUGUUAAAUCAUAUCUACUGAAGCGUACAAAGUUAAAAACUUCUUCACUCAUACUUUUAAGAUUUACCUUUUCCCUAGGAAUUUUGUAUGUACUGUGUAUACCUUACUUUACAUUAAAGGAAGUUGUAUUUGAAAUGUU